UUAUCCGUUCCUCUUAUUCUGUUAAGUAUCUAGUAACGGUGUAUGAUAAAAGAAAAAAUCUACAAAAUAAUCAACAGUCCUUAUUUGCGAAAAGUCAAAAUUAGUCUCUGUUUGGCAGUUGUGAUUCUUUUUGUUCACGAUGGUUAAAUUAAAAGCGCCACCGUAUCGCGUAUGGAUCGCUGUGAUGAUUUUCAUGACAACUUUUACAAAUUACAUGCUGAGAUCGAAUAUGUCUGUGAGUAUAAUCAGGAUGGUUGAUAAGGCGAAGAAGAAUCAGACGGCAAUAUGCGCAACCACUGAUAAUUCGACAAAACCUGCGGCAGUUAAAACUGGAAGCCAAAAAUUCAAGUGGAGUGAAGGUGAUGUUGGCUGGAUACUUUCUGGGUAUUUCUACGGCUACUUUCUCACAGUGUUGCCUGGAGGAAUGAUAUCAAAUUAUAUAGGCCCUUGGCACACUCUCAUGUGGUCGAGCCUCGGCAGUGCUUUCUUAACUGCUUUAACUCCCAUUUGCGCCAUAAAAGGAGGCAUGGGUGGAGUGGUUGCCAACCGAUUUUUUAUCGGUUUUCUCGGGGGACCGGCAUAUCCGGCCGUCAACGAUUUGAUCGCAAAAUGGGCACCGCCUAAGGAAAAGGGCAAAUUUUUGGCCGCUAUGAUGGGUAACACAUUGGGCACGGUGAUAACGUGGAUUUUGGUGGCUGCAGUGACGUCGGCGUGGGGCUGGGAGUGGGGCUUCUACGUUUUGGCGAUUUUUAUGACGAUGUAUUGCGUAGCCUUUGGGAUAAUUGUCAGAGAUAAGCCCGAAAUUCAUCCUUGGGUUUCUGACGAAGAAAAGAAACAUAUUGCGGACGCCCAAGAAGGGCAUCUUACAAAGAAGAAGGGGUUUCCUCCGUAUCACAAGAUGAUGUGUUUUAGCUUUCCCUUCUGGGCUUUAGCAAUAGCCCAGUUUGGUAAUUUGUGGGGCUUGAAUUUGAUCAUCACUUACGCCCCCAAAUUCAUGGCCGAUACUUUAGGUUUCGAUAUAAAAGCGUCGGCUGGCCUUGCAGCUCUACCAUACCUUGCCCGACUUCUUGGCAGUAACAUCUUUGGAAUCAUUGGCGAUUACAUGCGCAAAAAAGACAUAAUGUCUGUGACCAAAAUUCGAAAAUUCUUCAUAAUUUUCUCCCACUUUAUUCCAGGCGCUUGCAUGAUACUAAUCCGAGCCUUUGGAUGUAUGAAAGAAGGCGUUAUUACCAUGCUGGUGUUAAACCAAGGAUUCAACGGCGCAUGCGUCGUCAGCCAUUUGGUCAACUCGCAAGAUCUUGCUCCAAAUUUUGCAGGAGCGGUUUACGGAAUCAUUAAUUUCUUCGGCAUGACCACAGGCAUAUUUGUACCCAAGAUAACAGGAUACUUAAAAACAAAUUAUAAAGGAUUCACAGGCCCCAUGCUAAUAUUCAUGUUUGGAGGAAUUGCUUUCAUAGCUACUGGUGUUGUAUUUAUCCUUUUUGGAUCUGCUGAGGUGCAGCCUUGGAAUAAAAAGAAGGGUGACGACGAGGAGGAGACGGCGGAAGCAAAAUAGUUGCAUAUUUUGUAUCUUUUUUUCAAAAUGUUUGUAAUAAACAAAAGCACUAUA